AUGAGUGCUGGGAAAAAUUCGGACCAUAACCUCGAAACCACUGGUUACAACUGCGGUGCUUGUAAUCGACCAGACCAUGCCGACGGAAUGAUGGUUUCGUGUGACAAUUGCUCUACCUGGUUUCAUUUUAGUUGCGUUGGCGUGAAAGAAGAGGUUCACAAUACUACAUGGCACUGCAAAAAGUGCACGGAUCAGAAAAUUCUUGUGCAAGGGAUCGAGGAUAUACCGUCAGAGUCUGUCAUCGACCUGGGACUGGAUAGUCCGGACGAUGCCUGGAAAGCGCAUGAAAGGGAUCAAGCAAAAGCCGAAUUAAAGCAUAAGCGGGAAUUGGAACAGAUGCGCGAAAUCCAGCGGCGGAAUUUCCAGCGACAGCUACAACGAGAAAAUGAGAAACGGAUGGUGCAGUUGGAACUUGAGCGUGAAAUGUUGGAGAUGAAGAGGGCCGCUGAGGAGGAAUUCCAGAAAAAAAGAAGUUCGAUGUGGUUGGAAUAUCGUCAAGAACCCAUUGCGAACGAACACGGAGAAUUUGUAAGCACAGUUGCCGGGUGGACCCAAUGCAACGUUGUAAAAGAAGUAGCGUGGAAGGAUAAGCAACAAGAUCCAACAAAACAAAAGCUAGAGGAAAAUGUCCCUAGUGAUUUUCGAGGAGCAUAUCCAAAAAUCUCCACGCCGAACUCGAGCAAACAGCGCGGGGAAUCUACCGGAAAUAAUCAACUGCUUAGAAAACCUGAUCUGCAUACGAAACCUCGAAAUCGUGAUGAUUCGCCCUCGAAAGAAAGCUCCGCUUCAAAGAUUUCCCACAGAAUCGCCAGUAAUUCACGCCGAAGCUUAAUUUAUGAAUCCGACGAUUGUGGAAGCGAUUGUGAAAGAAUUCCACAGUGGGAUGGUGAUCUCACCAAGACACAGUUGGCGGCUCGGAAAGGGCCGUUUCAGAAGCUUCCCAUCUUCACUGGUAAGCCAGAAGAGUGGCCGCUUUUUAUAAGCAGCUUCCAAAAUGGAAAUCAAGCUUGCAACUGGUCAGACUUGGAGAACCUUGGUCGCCUACAAGAGAGCAUUAAAGGCCCUGCAUUAGAUGCGGUACGCAGUAGGCUUCUACUUCCGGAAUCGGUUCCUCAGGUGAUCGAGACGCUCCGUCUAUUAUAUGGGAGACCUGAACAACUUCUUCAUACACUACUGUCGAAAGCAAGAAGAGCGGAUCCGCCGCGUAUCGAACGAUUGUCAUCGUUUAUAUCAUUUGGUAUGAUUGUGCAACAGCUUUGUGACCACUUGGUGGCUGCAGGGCUUCGGAGCCAUUUGAUAAAUCCAAUGCUCAUCCAAGAGCUAGUCGAAAAGCUGCCGUCGAGCACUAAGCUGGAAUGGGUACGUUAUAAGCGGCAACAGCCAGAAGUAACCCUCAAAACAUUCUCGGAUUUUCUAUCGCAAAUCGUUUCCGAGGCUAGUGAAGUUACGCUCUUUACUGAAUCGUUUUCGGAACUAGGUAACAGAUCCGGAAAAGUUGGAAAUGAUCGAAAACGGAAGGAAAAGGAAGCCUAUGUACACACGCACAUUGGAAUUUCAGAGCCGCUUUUGAAUCAACGCAGCUCAGAUACAGAUACGAUUCAGAAGUUUGAAUCACGCGAAUCGAACCGGAAACCUUGUCGGAUUUGUAAUCGAAUCGAUCAUCGUGUUCGAUACUGUGAAGAUUUCGGAAAAUUAACGUUUCAGGAGAGAAUGAAAGCGGUCGAGAAGUGGAAGCUUUGUCAACUGUGCCUUAAUGAGCAUGGCCAAUCACGCUGCCGAUUUAAAAUUCAAUGCAAUGUGGGUAAUUGUAGAGAUAAGCAUCAUCCUUUACUCCAUCCGCCAAACCGCGCCAUCCCAUUGCGAACGGCGGAGUGCAAUGCUCACAAUGCUCAGUCACAGCAGCCAGUUAUCUUCCGAAUGGUUCCAAUUAGUCUGCACAACGGAAAUCACUCGUUGAAUGUAAUCGCUUUCUUGGAUGAAGGGUCGUCAUACUCGCUAAUUGAAAGGCGGGUGGCAAAUGAACUCAAGUUAGACGGAGUGUCACAGCCAAUUCUGGUAAAAUGGACGGCGGGAAUGACUCGGCUUGAACGGGAAUCCAAAUGUUUACAUCUUUCCAUAUCCAAUACGAAUUCUGCUGAACGGUUUAUGCUUCGGAAUGUCCAUACUGUCGAACAGUUGCAGUUGCCUGAACAGAAAUUGCAGUUUGCUGAUAUAGCGGCACGGUAUCAACAUUUGAGAGGACUGCCCGUGACUGACUAUCGCCAUGGUGCGCCAAGAAUACUAAUCGGUUUAAAACACCUUCAUGUGUACGCACCUCUAGAAUCACGCAUCGGAAAUCCAGGUGAGCCGAUAGCAGUUCGAACGAGACUCGGCUGGACGGUUUACGGUCCGCAAAGCGAGGAUGAUGCGACGGACGGAUUUACGGCUCAUCACGCAGUAGGUCCUACGUCAGACCAAGAUCUGCACGAUCUGAUAAGAAGUCACUAUACCCUGGAAGAAUCUGGCAUCAGUGUAACAGUUCUACCCGAGUCUGCAGACGAUCGGCGAGCCAGAAAUAUUCUUGAUAACACUACCGUUCGUGUUGGCGAUCGAUUCAAAACCGGACUGUUAUGGAGAAUCGAUGACCCCCAGUUGCCUGACAGUUUCCCGAUGGCAUUGAGAAGGAUGAAGAACCUGGAAAACAAGCUCUCGAAGAAUCCAGAACUGAAGCAGAUCGUUGAAAAGCAAAUUGACGAUUACUUGCGAAAAGGGUACUGCCAUAAAGCUACAUCAAAUGAUCUGGCAAGCAAGAACAACGGCAAAGUAUGGUACCUUCCUCUAAAUGUCGUGUUAAAUCCGAAAAAACCAAACAAAAUACGAUUGGUGUGGGAUGCUUCUGCGACCGUCCAAGGUACGUCACUCAAUUCAAUACUGCUGAAGGGACCGGAUAUGCUAGCGAGUUUACCCGCUGUGAUAAGCCGUUUCCGAGAGCGACGUGUUGCCUUUGGUGGUGACAUUAAGGAGAUGUACCACCAAUUGAUGAUACAGGAAAGCGAUAAGCAGGCGCAGAGGUUUUUAUUUCGCCAAGAUCCCGCCAGCCAACCAGACACCUAUGUCAUGGACGUGGCGACGUUUGGGUCAACCAGCUCACCGUGUUCUGCCCAAUACGUCAAAAAUCGAAACGCACAGGAUUAUUCAGAGCAGUUUCCAGAUGCUGUUGAAGCUAUUGUUAAUGGCCACUACGUCGACGACUAUUUCGACAGCACAGACACGAUUGCAGAAGCGGUAAAGCGAGCGACCGAGGUGAAACACAUACACUCUAAAGCAGGUUUCCAGAUACGCAAUUGGGUAUCCAACUCGGAAGAGUUUUUGAACCACAUGGGUGAGCCGAGAGAGGCACAAGUAAUUCAUUUCAAUACCGACAAAACUAACAGCACAGAAAGAGUUUUGGGUAUGUCCUGGAACCCCACUGAUGACGUAUUUGUAUUCUCCACAAAGUUACGCGAUGAUCUAGAGCCAUUUGUCUCGGGUAAGCGCAGACCCACCAAACGGAAGGUAUUAAGUUGCGUGAUGAGCCUGUUCGACCCCCUAGGCUUAUUGGCGCCGUUCACUAUAUUCGGCAAAAUGAUUAUACAGGAUCUUUGGCGGAGUGGGUGUUGCUGGGACGACGAAAUAGAUGACGAAACUGCUGUUAAAUGGAAUCGUUGGACGUCACUGAUGCCGCAAAUCGAAGCUCUGAAAAUUCCGCGUUGCUACUUUCCCGUUACGUCGACGGAGAACUACGAAUCACUCCAGCUACACAUCUUCACCGAUGCAAGUGAAAACGGUUAUGGGUGCGUUGCAUAUUUUCGAGCAGUCAUCAACGGUCAACCGAAAUGUGCUCUCGUAGCGGCCAAGUCCAAAGUAGCUCCUUUGCAGUAUAUGUCAAUUCCGCGACUAGAGCUGCAAGCUGUAGUUUUGGGUGCUAGGCUAUCCAAUAUGGUUAAGGAUAACCAUUCCCUGAAAAUUGAUAAGCGAAUUCUAUGGACGGAUUCUACAACUGUACUGUCAUGGAUUCGCUCCGACCAUAAAAUAUACAGGCAGUACGUGGCACACAGAAUCGGAGAAGUGAUGAGUCUGGCGAGCGUUGAUGAAUGGCGUCGGAUUCCCACCAAAUUAAAUAUAGCAGACACCUUGACGAAGUGGGGCAGUGGCCCUCCUCUAACCAAUCAGGGGCAAUGGGUAGUUGGUCCAAACAUUCUUCUACAAUUUGAAGAGCAAUGGCCGAAUUUCGAAUUACCAGCACUAAACGUCCGGGAAGAGCUUAGAGCAUGUCAUCUGUACCAUGAAAUCGAGUUUCUAGAACCGUUGGUUGACACGAAAAGGAUUUCCAAGUGGCCAAUUCUGGUUCGAAGUGUGGCGUGUGUAUAUCGGUUUAUUACUAACUGCCGGAAAAAGGGAAGCAAAUCGCCGAUUCAAACGUUUUUAGCAUCAGCGAAUCAAGCAAGGUUGAUCAAGCGAACCAUUCCAGCCAUCGUAGCGUCAUUAACUCGCGAGGAGUACAGAAAAGCGGAAAUCCAGGUUUUUAAAAUAGCGCAACAAGAGGCGUACGAAGAUGAACUUAAAGUUUUGCUUAAGAACAAGGAGCUGCUGCCAGGAAAAUUGCUAUCGAUUGAUCAAAACAGUGAAUUAUAUCAGUUGUCGCCGUUGCUGGACGAGGAUCAAGUCAUACGGAUGGAAGGAAGAUCGGCUUACGCAGAUUUCAUGCCCUUUGAUUUGCGGUUUCCCAUAGUACUCCCAAAAGGCCACGAUGUCACCAAGAAGCUACUGAACUAUUAUCACCAAAAGUUUGGGCACUGUAACCGAGAGACAGUGGUAAACGAAUUUCGUCAACGAUUUUACGUUUCUCAGCUUAGAGCAGUGGUGUGGCAGGUGAUUAAGGAUUGUACGUGGUGCAAAGUUCAUAAAUGUCGUCCAUCAGUCCCAAGAAUGGCUCCGCUACCCAUUCAGCGCCUUACACCAAACCUACGACCGUUUAUAUAUGUUGGAGUGGAUUAUUUCGGCCCAAUCAGUGUUUCUGUUGGCAGGCGGUCAGAAAAAAGAUGGGUUGCGUUAUUUACGUGCAUGACGACGAGAGCGAUUCACAUGGAAGUUGCACACAGCCUUAGCAGCCCAGCUUGCAUCAUGGCCAUCAGGAGGUUUAUCUGUCGCAGAGGACUACCGCUGGAAAUAUUUUCUGACAACGGUACCAACUUCCAAGCUGCCAGUAAGGAGAUAGCCGGAGAGUUUCAGAAAAUUCACAGGCAAUGUGCAGAAACCUUCACAGAUGCAAGAACACAGUGGAGCUUCAAUCCACCAUCAGCCCCUCACAUGGGUGGAUGCUGGGAGCGGCUAGUGAGGUCAGCAAAGGAAGCGUUAAAAGUAGUAGACGACGGCAGGAAGCUUACUGAUGAAAUUCUGCUGACAGUGUUGGCAGAGGCCGAAGACAUCAUCAACUCAAGACCGUUGACAUACGUUCCUCAGAAAUCAGCCGACUCAGAAGCACUUACACCCAAUCAUUUUUUGCGAGGUUAUCCUCCAGGAGAGCACCCGAUGGGCAUUCGAUCGACUGAUCCUGCUUCAGCUUUGCGAGACGACUACAAGCGGUCCCAGCUAUUGGCCGAUGUUCUGUGGCAGAGAUGGCUGAAGGAGUACAUCCCUGGGGUCAACCGGCGUCCCAAAUGGCACGAAGAACGACAACCAAUCGAAGUAGGUGAGCUGGUGUACAUCGUUGAUGGUGGCAAGAGAAGAGCAUGGACUCGAGGAAUCGUAGAUAAGGUGAUGCGAGGCAAAGAUGGACGGAUUCGGCAGGCGAUGGUUCGGACGGCCUCAGGUGUUUUUCGUCGUCCUGUAGCCAAACUUGCGGCACUGGAGCUGCAGAGUAAAUCUGGUAGAACCGAGAAUUCUGAACCAGUGUUACGGGCGGGGGAAAUGUUAGCGCCGCAGGGCACGACCGACUGA